AUGGACUGCCCCUCUAGUCCCCAUCUCUGCCGCGGGAAGGGACGGCAUGUGUCCGCGCAUCCUCCUGCCCCGCCGCAGCAGCGCGGUCCCCGGAGACGCGUGCGCCUAGCUCGGCUUGCGUCUCCCAGGUGCAGCCAGAUGCGCCCGCCCCUGGACAGCGGGCCUAGCGCGGGGACGUGCGGGGUGGCCAGCCCAAUCCCUCUCCUGCCGGUAGCUGACUCCCUCCCCCCUCCACCUCCCCGGGGUGGGGCGGAGCGGCCCGAGAAGGUGGGAAGGGGAGGGGGGGGCUCCGGCCGCCUCCGCGCUCGCUCCCUCCGGGCACUCACAGCGGCGCGAGGCACAGCUGCCGAGGCGUCCCCGGGCAGUGCGCUCGGCUCCUCGGGGACCUGCGCCUGGCGGGGGAGGGGAUCGCGGGGAGGGGAGAGCGGCGCGCGGGAAGGGGCGGGGAGCGCGCUCCUGCAGCGGCGGCGGCGGCGGCGGCGGCGGCGGCCGUGCUCAUCCCGGCGGCCCAACGAUCGAGUGGACGCCGGGCUUCGCAAAUGGCUUGUCCCGCUCUCGGUCUGGAAGCUCUUCAGCCCCUGCAGCCCGAGCCGCCCCCCGAGCCCGCCUUCUCCGAGGCGCAGAAGUGGAUCGAGGAGAGAAAGGUGCAGAGCAUCGAGAAAGAAAAGGCACGAGAGAUUGAUUAGCACAGUGGUCACCUGUAUGAGUUCUUACGAGCAAGUAACUGGCAGAAGUUUUGGUGAUAAAGAUUUUCGGACAGGACUGGAAAAUGGAAUUCUUCUCUGCGAGUUGCUGAAUGCUAUAAAGCCAGGACUUGUUAAAAAGAUCAAUAGAUUGCCUACUCCCAUUGCAGGAUUGGUGAGUAUCGAGAAUUGUGAUUUAUUUCCCAAUAUUCCCUUGCUUCAAUGUAAGGGUCACAGCAGUGUCAUUUAUCAUGCUUCUCUCCUGCACUGUAUGUAUUCUGCUCCAAUGGGAACGCAUUGAAUCCAUUAAACUAAGAGGUCACUUCACAAUGCAAAAUUCCAGUGAUAUCUAAAUGGCAUCUUAAUCUUUGUUUGUAUUUUCCCAUGAGUGAUAAAGUCCUUCAGUCUUAAAAAGGUAAAUUUGUUUUGGGGUGAAAGGGUGAUAAUUGGGCUGCCUUCAGGGAGGAAUGUGACUUUCUCGUUUCAGUGCUCACAGCACUCCCUUACUGGGGAGGGGAGCCUGUAGAGAAAAAGGAAUUUCAAGAGAAAAUAGCACUUUUGUAAGAAAUUGCUCCUUUUAAUAUUAAAAUGCUACUUUGGUUUAAAUACCACAGUUCCAACUAUUUGUAGGUCUACCUGUUCAAAAGAUACAGUGGGGCACUAAGGGAAUCCAGUGUUGUUGGGAGAAGUGUUUAAACAGAGUCCUUGCCUUUCUGAGCCUGCUCAAGUAAAACCACAUUUACUUGUGAUCAGAAGCAGAAUAUCUUUUUUUGGAGGUACUGGAGUUUGAACUCAGGGCCUCACACUUGCUAGGCAGGCACCCUAACACUUGAGCCACUCCAUCACUCUGCCUG